GGGCCUGUAUCCAUGCUGUAUCUCUGAACUAAACUUGAUGACUGGAUAACUGUACGACUCUAUUGCAGGGGCUGAGACAGUGAUGGUGGCCAUGAGUGACCAGUGCCAGCAAAAGCGCAACAGGACCAGGAUUCUGCGCUACUUCCAGGCGGUGCUGGGCGAGCCGAAGGAAAAGCACCGUUCGCACACCGCGGCCACAACCUCCCGCCAGGCCCAGGAGUCGCCGAAGGCCGGCGACCCUCAGAACACGGUCGUCAAAGUCAAACGCAAGAAGACCAGGAGGGAGCUGAACCGGGCAAAAUUUGGCAAGAAGGUGGUGGAGAAGCUGUUUCGGUGCAAGGCCCCAGCCCGCCUAGCCCAGGCCGUGCCUGCCACUGACCAGAGUCACCGCAGAGCUGUCGGCAGCCGCCGGGCGCCCGUCCCCAAACCCUCCCUCAACCCUGGCUGGCUUAUAACGCAGAACAGACUCACCCAGCACAUGGGGAUCUUCAACAAAGAGGUCAAGUCCCUCGACAUCGAGCGGCUGUUGAAGGGGCAGCCGGUACGAGAACGCUCCCAGGAGCCGGCAGCUGUGGUAGCGACAGACGCAGUGCAGGACCGGAGCUGCACGCCCGCGCAGGCGGGGACCACGGCUUCCCCGCAGCGGCACGAACCUUGCACGCCGCUGGGAGACAACCACCGCAACACUGCGCCGGUGGAGACGGGCGGCCAACGGCACCCAGAACCGACGAGGCAGGAGGUCCCACCGCCACCGCCCACCGCCGACCUGGCCCAGAGACUCGUCAGGACCUUAAAACCCCACCGACUGUUCCCCGGGCAAAACCUGGUGCACAACACGCAGCGGCAACUGAUCGACAUCCUGGUGGAGCGGCACGGGGGGCAGCCGGGGACCUGGCUUCCGGCAGUGUGUUCUCCGUGGAUUGUCACCUUGUCGUGGUGGAGAAGCUUGUGUGGUCGUGAGAUCCUAAGAGCGAUGCCGUCUGGAGCUAUGCUCCUGGUAGGGCCACCCAUGGCGGUAAGGUUGAGGGCGAGGUCUCUGACAAAGAGCAAUCCAACCAAGACCUCAACGGUGGAACAGGCGGAGGACGAUGGCUGACCUUAGUGGAACAUUACAACAGCUGGGAAGGCGGAUGAAGCAUGCAGCAGAAAAGGGUCUCCGGUCAUCUUGGACUUCAUGCCACUGGAUCCUGACCCAGAUCUGUCAAGGAACGUGUGGUGGCACCAGUCUCCCCACGUUAAAUAAAGUCACACACAGAUGUCCUCCAUCAAGAUAGCACCCUGGCGACACCCAUGGUCAGCUAUGACUGAAGAAAGUGUGUUUAAAAGUUUGUGUUAAUGUUCUCCGGUUUGUUUUAUGUGGGGGUGGGGGUGGGGGGUCGGGAAAAACUUUUUUUCAAUCUCUUACCUUGCUGGAGAUGCGAUUGUUAUCCGGGUCGUAUCUCCGCUCGGUCUGCGGCCUAACAUCGUGGAGCCUUCCUCGGGACUGACUUUGGGCGUGAACUUACCAUCGGAGCCGAUUCCUUGCCUGGGAUCGACGCUCGGACCGUGGCCUACGCACUUUAUCAUCAAGGAGCUCAAAGUCUCGGGUUGAGACCGACGUGGGGAAGCUUCAAAGCCGCAUGACGUUUGACUAGCCCCGGCACGCGGGAGCUGAGAGUCACCCCGUCGAGGAGGCUCGCCGCCAGCUACGGGAGCCAACAUUGUCCUGUCAACGGCAGGUUAAAGGCCCCUGACUGCUGGAGGACAAAGAAGGGAAAGAUUGAACUUUUUUUCGCCUUCCAUCACAGUGAGGAAUGUGGAGGAGUCACUGUGUAUUUUGUGUGUCUUGUUUAUAUAACCAUAUAACAAUUACAGCACGGAAACAGGCCAUCUCGGCCCUACAAGUCCAUGCCGAACAAAUUUUUUUCCCCUUAGUCCCACCUGCCUGCACUCGUACCAUAACCCUCCAUUCCCUUCUCAUCCAUAUGCCUAUCAAAUUUAUUUUUAAAUGAUACCAAUGAACCUGCCUCCACCACUUCCACUGGGAGCUCAUUCCACACCGCCACCACUCUCUGAGUAAAGAAGUUCCCCCUCAUAUUACCCCUAAACUUCUGUCCCUUAAUUCUGAAGUCAUGUCCCCUUGUUUGAAUCUUCCCUAUUCUCAAAGGGAAAAGCUUGUCCACGUCAACUCUGUCUAUCCCUCUCAUCAUUUUAAAGACCUCUAUCAGGUCCCCCCUUAACCUUCUGCGCUCCAGAGAAUAAAGACCUAACUUAUUCAACCUAAUCUUUUUAUUGAUAUGACUGUACGGCAAAUCAAUUUCCUUAUAUGUUGCCAAACGUACUUGUUUAAUAAAGUAUGAUUAUGGUAAUGAUUACAGUGCCAGAGACCCGGGUUCCAUCCUGUUGAACGGCGCUGCCUGUACACAGUUUGUACGUCCUCCCCGGGAC